GAACCACUAGGACGGUGAUCUGAGCUCUGGGCACAGUGCAGACACCUGAAGACCAUGUCUUGCAGUGAUGCAACGAGGGCGUUGGCUAGAGGAUCCUGUCCCCCAGGGCCAGUCCCAGAAGGUGUGAUCCGAAUUUACAGCAUGAGGUUCUGUCCCUACUCCCACAGGACUCGCCUGGUCCUCAGGGCCAAAGGUAUCAGACAUGAAAUUAUCAAUAUUAACCUGAGAAACAAGCCUGACUGGUACUACACAAAACACCCUUUUGGCCAAGUUCCUGUGGUGGAGAACAGCAGUUGUCAGUUGGUCUAUGAAUCAGCCAUCGCGUGUGAAUACCUGGAUGACGCGUUCCCGGGAAGAAAGCUGUUUCCAUAUGACCCUUAUGAACGAGCUCGCCAAAAGAUGUUAUUAGAGCUAUUUGGUAAGGUCCCACAUUUGACCAAGGAGUGUCUGGUGGCGUUGAGGUGCGGGAGAGAAUGUGCCGAGCUGAAGGGGGCCCUGCGACAGGAAUUCUGCAACCUGGAAGAGAUUCUUGACUAUCAGAAUACUACCUUCUUUGGUGGAGACCGUAUAACCAUGAUUGAUUACCUCUUCUGGCCCUGGUUUGAGCGGCUGGAUGUCUAUGGGAUUGCUGACUGUGUGAAUCACACCCCGUCCCUACGGCUCUGGAUAGCCGCCAUGAAGCAGGACCCCAUCGUUUGUGCUCUACUCGUGGACAAGAACACCUUCCUGGGCUUCUUGAAUCUCUAUUUCCAAAACAACCCUAAUGCCUUUGAUUUUGGGCUAUUAUGAGCCUCAUAAUCCUCUCUCCCUCCCUACCCCAAACACAUCCCAAAUUUUCAGCUUGUCAUGAUU